GGUUCCGUCCCUCGGGCUGUGGCGCCGGCCAAGGCGCGGGGGCGGGGCCUGGCGCUGAUUGGCCGGGGCGGGCCCGGGCGCUGAUUGGCCGCGGCUCCCCACAGCACCGCCCGCCCCUCCGCGUCGUCCCCAGCGCCGCCGCCGCGUCAUGGUUCUCGGUCGCGGGCUGCUCGGCCGCCGGAGCCUCGCCGCCCUGGGAGCCUGCGCCCGCCGCGGCCCGGGUAGGUGGGAGGCGCGCCCACGGGAAAGGCCGUCGGGCUGGCCGCGCUCAGAGGGUGUCCGGCGGCGGCGGGCGGCGUGGACGCUGCCCUCGGCGCGGCCCCUGCUGGGAAUCCUCCUUUAUCACAUGGCUUUAAGGAAGAGCCUGACUGUGGAGCAGGGCACUAUGAAGGUUGAGUUACUGCCUGCCCUGACCGACAACUACAUGUACCUGGUCAUCGAUGGUGAUACCAAGGAGGCUGCCAUUGUGGACCCUGUGCAGCCCCAGAAGGUGUUAGAAGCGGUGAGGAAGCGCGGCGUGAAGCUGAGCACAGCGCUCACCACCCACCACCACUGGGACCACGCUGGUGGGAACGAGAAGCUGGUCAAGCUGGAGCCUGGGCUGAAGGUGUAUGGGGGUGAUGACCGGAUCGGGGCGCUGACUCACAGGGUCACCCACCUGUCCACACUGCAGGUGGGGUCUCUUCACGUCAAGUGCCUGUGGACACCGUGCCACACUUCUGGACACAUCUGCUACUUGGUGAGCAAGCCCAACAGUUCUGAGCCCCCUGCCGUGUUCACAGGCGACACCCUGUUUGUGGCUGGCUGUGGGAAGUUCUACGAGGGGACGGCAGAUGAGAUGUACAAAGCCCUUCUUGAGGUCCUGGGCCGGCUCCCUCCAGACACAAGAGUGUACUGUGGGCACGAGUACACCAUCAACAACCUCAAGUUUGCAAGGCACGUGGAGCCGGACAACACCGCUGUGCGGGAGAAGCUGGCCUGGGCCAAGGAGAAGUACAGCCUCGGGGAGCCCACGGUGCCAUCCACCAUUGGGGAGGAGCUCACCUACAACCCAUUCAUGAGAGUGAGGAUGGCUCGGCUAGUGCGUCUUCCCCGUUUAGGAACCACCACAUGGCCGUUGCGGCCUCGUAUUUUUAAGAAUGUCCCUGCUCCUCGUCUCCUCCCCGGCGCCCCGGGCAGGUGGUGUGCCUGCUGGGUGUGGCCUGCAGCCUGGCUCGGCUUCCGCAGGGAGAAGACGGUGCAGCGGCACGCGGGCGAGACGGACCCCGUGGCCACAAUGCGGGCCAUCCGCAAGGAGAAGGACCAGUUCCGGGUGCCCCGGGACUGAGGUGCCCUCGGCAGCCACCCCCCUUCACACGUGCUUGGGUGUCCGGAUGGCCUUGUGGAUUUCCUGCCGGCUGUGUAGGAAAUUCAGUCCGGGGUUGAUUUUCACUUAAUUCCAGCACCCUUGUGUGCUUGUUUUAUCAACUGUUCUAAUGCAUAUUUAUAAGAGAAGAAGGUCAUGAAGUGUUUAUUCCCGGAA